AAAAAUAAUAAGUCCUUCCCACAGCGCGCGGAUUUGACCCCUGGUGACCUACAUUCGCCAAAGAGAAAACAUGGCGUGGAGGAUUGCCUAUCUCGUUUUUGCAGGUUUUCUGGGCACCUGUUUAGGUGCUGCCCCAACCAAGCCUAGCAUUGCCAAAGCGUAUCAGGUCGGUGGGAUGCUUCAGCUUCCUUAUGCUGAAAUCAAGGAGCCAUUUUAUGCCUACUAUGAUGGCCAUAACAAUAGAACUAGAAUUGACUAUUAUUCAGGCAUGUCUAAGAUGUAUCAAAGAGGUGAUCUGAAGAAAUCCUACUCUGUAGUGUUCACUAGUUACAGUGAUGACAAGCUCAACCAGCUCACUUGCUUUGAAUCAGGUGGAAUGCCACAGUUGCAGAGUGUAUUCCCAGACUUGACCAACUUUACACUGUAUGCCAAGGGACAGCCCCACCCCACAGGUGCAAACAUCACUGUAGAUGCCUGGAGGUUUGUGAUGACAGUUGGCAAGAAAAAGAACACAUACACAUUCUACGUGGAUUCUAAAAAGCAGAUUCCUGUGCGCUAUGAGAUGUUUGGCUAUGACACUUUGAUGGGCUCCCAUUACGACAAGUACUACAUUGAUUAUCAUGGUUAUCUAGAGUACACCAACACAUCUCUCAAUGUCUCAGUUUUUCAACCAACAGUAAAGAACUGUUCUGUUGGAUAUACCCAGACCAAGAAUUCAGAAAAGAGAAUCCUUAUGAACCCCAUGAGGGAAUACGUACAUCAUGAUGACCUCCACAUCCAUGAAAUGUUUGAAGAUUUUAAGAAAACUUACCAGCGAAACUUCAUGACUAUAAAAGAGCAUGAGACCCGUAAAUUUAAUUUCAGGCACAACGUAAGAUUUAUUCACUCCAAGAACCGAGCUGGACUGAGUUACAAAGUUGCAGUGAACCAUCUUGCUGACAGGAGCCCAUGGGAGAUGAAGAAAAUGAGAGGACGUCUGUACAAACCAGGAUACAAUGGGGGGCUGCCCUUCAACAAGAAGAUGUAUGAAAGUAUUAAACUACCAAGCCAGGUGGACUGGAGAAACUAUGGUGCUGUGACCCCAGUAAAAGACCAGGCUGUAUGUGGAUCUUGUUGGAGUUUUGGUACAACUGGCACACUUGAAGGGACUUAUUUCUUAAUGACUGGAAAGCUUCUAAAACUAUCCCAACAGGAGUUAAUAGACUGUUCUUGGGGUGAAGGUAACAUGGGUUGUGAUGGAGGAGAUGAUUUUCUGGCUUACCAGUGGAUACGGAAACAUGGUGGACUGACCACAGAGGAGAUCUAUGGGUCAUAUAUGGCAGUGGAUGGUAAAUGUCAUUGGAAGACAAAUGGCACAAGGGUGCAAAUCAAGGUCUGGUAUAAUGUCACAUCAGGUGAUUCAGAUGCUCUCAAGAUGGCUCUUGCAAAGCAUGGACCCAUCUCAGUGGCAAUCGAUGCCUCCCACAAAAGCUUCAGUUUUUACUCAAAUGGAGUUUAUUAUGAACCUAAAUGUGGUAAUGCACCAGAGCAGCUUGAUCAUGCAGUUCUUGCAGUAGGCUAUGGAACCAUGAAUGGAAAAGCUUACUGGCUGGUCAAGAACUCUUGGUCCACCUACUGGGGAAAUGAUGGCUAUGUUUUGAUGGCACAGAAAGACAACAAUUGUGGUGUAGAAACUGAUCCAACCUUUGUAACAAUGUGAUAAGUAAAAUUGUAAUUUUAUGAUCAUGUGAGUGCAUGGUUUAUAAGCAUAAUAAGGUUUACCCAAGAAUGUACACUUUUGUUUUCAAAAUUUUUGAAUUUAUCAUGGAACAGCUGUUUACUUAUUUUUAUGAAAUGAUAAAAUGCGUUUGUUUUGGUCAUUACUUUACUUUUCAUUUGUUCUUUAUUGGAUGGGGAUUGGCUAUUGAUGAUUACAAGUAUGUGUGCAAACUGUAGCACUGCUGUAACAGAAAUGCUUGAAAUAGAAACAUGAUAUCAUUGUACUGUAUUGACAGACUCAUUCAAGAUGUACAUGCUUGUAAGUCUUACUAAUCUUGUACACCUGAAUAUUUAUUAAGUUUGAGCAAGUAUCAAGAUAUGUAAUACUGUAUUUAGUGUAAACUUGUGCAUUUCUUUAUUUAUUUUUUUCUCAAAUUUAAAUGUUUUCCUAAAAAAAAAAAAAAAAAUGUACUACACUACUUUGAGGGGAAAAAGAGAAUUUUGAUACAACCAGGUUUAUGUAUUAAACUAGGUUUUGACUGGUGUUAUUUUUUGUUCCGUGGAGACUAAAUUAUUGUUCAAGAUAUUUUUUGUUUGUUUGUUUGAGAGAGAGAAAGAGCUUUUUUGUGUAUUUUGAUGGAAUUUGGAAGUUACUAGUUGUCUACAAAGUAGUGUGCUGAAAAUUGCUCAUUAAAUGAUGAAAGUGCUGCUUCAACAUUGUCUGACCUCCUGUUCAAGAUAAGCAAGGGGAUGUAUCUCUCAAAAAAAUAUAAAAUAAAAGAAU